AUGAUAUCAUUACUGCACCAAACAAAGAUUUUUACGUCGUUUUUUAUAUUUGGAUUGCUCAACAACAUCUUGUAUGUCAUAAUCCUCUCAGCCGCUGUUGAUCUUGUGGGCUCGGCAACGCCAAAGGGAGUGGUGCUAUUGGCGGAUAUCAUGCCAUCGUUCACUUUUAAACUAGUGGCGCCGUUCUUCAUUCAUCUAAUACCAUACAAAACCAGGUUGUUUUCACUUGUUGGGUUGUCAAGUAGCGGCAUGCUUUUAAUUUCGUUGAGCUCACAGCUGGCCAUUGGAAUCAAGAUAUUUGGUAUAAUGCUAGCGUCGUUAUCAUCAGGAAUGGGGGAAGUUAGCUUUUUGCAAUUAACUCAUUUUUACACUGGCGGUAGUGCAACGGGUGAUAGCUCAAUUGGAAUUGGGGGUUUUUCCAGUGGCACGGGUGGUGCAGGACUUUGCGGUAGCUUUUUGUUUAUGUUAAUGACCAAUAUGAUGGGCAUAUCAGUCACCAUUGUGUUGUUGAUGUUUGCCAUUUGUCCGUUAGGGUUUUUGGCCACUUAUUAUUUGCUACUUCCGCCACCUGAUCAUGAGUAUCAUGAAAUUGAAAACACAUUGUUUGAUGAAGCCGCUGAAGAAAUUGGAAUGGACGGUGGCGCUGUUGGUCGGGACUUACAUGCUACUUCCUCCAUCACUCGACAUUUCAGUGCCACCUUCGAAAAAAUCAAGCCGUUGAUAGUGCCCUUCAUGAUUCCACUUAGCACGGUGUACAUUUCGGAGUACGUGAUUAAUCAAGGUGUUGCGCCAACUUUGUUAUACCCAUUGGAGGACCUUCCGCGUUGGCUAUUCACAUCCUACAGAGACAUUUAUGUCGUCUAUGGAUUCCUAUACCAAUUGGGGGUUUUCAUUUCAAGAUCCUCCAUAUCUUUUGGUAUACGAAUUAGAAAGCUCUAUAUGCUUUCGUUACUACAAUUCAUCAACGUGGUUAUCACCAUAAUUCAAUCGAUGUACGACCUUCCAUUCACAUCCAUAUGGCUACUAUUAAUACUAAUCCUUUAUGAAGGUUUAUUAGGAGGCUUUUCCUAUGUCAAUACGUUUGUUUCAGUUAGUGAAGGUGUACCAAAAACUAAACGAGAGUUUAGUAUGGGGUGUGUUAGUGUAAGUGAUGGUAUGGGAAUUGCAAUUGCUGGAUGCAUAAACUUGUGGCUUGAGAAAAAAUUGUGUGGUUUGCAAGUGGAUAGAGGGAGAGACUGGUGUUUAAAUGGAGGGUCAGUAUAA